AUGCCCCGCCUCACAGAAUAUGAAAUUGAGCGACUCCAGAACAUAGAGCGCAAUCAAGCAUUACUCAAGAAAUUAGGAAUAUUCAAAGCGGAGGUGGCGCCGUCUAAAGCGAAAGAAGAAGCCAAAACCAAAGAAGCUGCAAAGGAGAACAGUAGAAUACAGUCUACACAAAAGAAACGCGCACGCCCAUCUACAACAGUCAUUGCUCCCCGGAGAAAGUCAGCUCGCCUUUCAGCUUCCGGUCCAGGGAGCGAUGCCGCCACUUCUCCUUCAAUGAGCUCAGAUCCCAUUGACUUCCUCGGUCACCAGUCAAGAAGAUCACCCAGAAAACCUGUCGUUGCCUUGAAGCGGGUAUCACCGCCACCAAUUCCUGAGAAUGAGGAAGGCGAACACGAGGAAGAAUUUGACCCAGAUUACCGUGCACCGUUGCCUACAAGGGACGCGGACAGGACUAUCAGAUUUUCAGAUGCGCCACAUUUUACACCCAACAUGACUCCGGAGGAGGUAAUGCGCGCCGGCUCAUUUGGUGGGACAGCUUUUCGACGCCACUAUUCGUCAGUCACCAAACAAACCCUCCCAGAAAGCGACUACACCGAAUUUCCCGAAUCCUGGUACGCAAACCUCGACAUCAACACAUACCUAACCUCAGAAGAAUACAAUCCACUCGUAAACCGUUAUCGCGUAAAAGCAGGUCAGACACUUAGCGAUUGGGAGAAAGCCGGCUGGGUUCACUCACAAGAUCCUCGCGGGUGGUUUCAAUGGUACGCUCGGUUCUAUCUCGGCCGACGAACGGCGGACGAUGCGCGGCAGAUUAAGCGAUGGCUUGGAGUGUGUGGGUCGUCUGGACGGUUCAAACGUAGUUUAGUGAAGAAAAUCGUGGAGAAGGGCGCGUCGUGGGAUGACGAAAUUGUUUCGCCGAUCUUGAGACAAACACUGCAGCAUUGGGCAUAUAGAUUAACGGAGACGGACUACAACGCGUAUUUAUGA